AUGCUUUCAUUGAUUUUUGUUUCAGAUUCUGGAAGUAAUAGAAUAAUGGUAUUUGAUUUGAAAACCAAAAAGUUUAUACAAUCAUUUACUGGAAUUACCUCUCCAUUAAUGAUUUCGAUUGACUCCUCUGAUCAGAAAUACAUUUACUUUUCAAAUAUGAAUAAUCAAGUUGGAAAAUAUGACAUUGAACAGAAAAAAAUCAUAUGGGAAACAUCUCAGAAUUUGAGGCAUCCAAGUGGAAUUGUUGCAGAUAAUUCAAUUGAUGGAAGGUUAUAUGUAUCCGAUUGUUCGAAUAAUGAGAUUAAGUGCCUAUCAAAACAAGAUGGUAAAUUGAUUUCAUCAUUUGGGGCUUGUAAAUUUCCAUUUGGAUUGGAAAUCAAUACAGAUGGAGAUUUGAUUGUAACAAGUCUUGCAACUCAUACCAUUUCAGUAAUUUCAAAAGUUUUGGAGAAAAAACAAAUUUACUUUUCGUUUGGAAAGAAAGGUGUGGGUUUACACGAGUUCCAAUAUCCAAGAGGAGUUUUUGUUGAGAAAUUAAGUGGAUACAUUUAUAUUUGUGAUCAAUCAAAUUCAAGAAUUCACGUAUUUGAUAACUUUGGUUCUUUUAUUCAAUCAUUUGGAGAGAUUGGAUCGACUGGAAAGAGUCACUUUAAAUUCCCUACUGGCCUAUGUAUUAGUGAAUCGAGAGGAGAAUUAUUUGUUGCAGAUACGCACAAUAAGAGAAUUCAAGUAUUUCGAUAA